UAUUUAAGCCAGGAAGAUGAGGUGGUGGGCCACAAAGACUGGUGUGCUGUAUCUACUCCUCUUAAAUGCAAAUCACAGCACUUAGUGCUUGCCCGAUGCAUAGUCAUUCUUAGAAGCACUUGGUGGUGGUGCGUAUUUGAAUUAAGUAGAGAAUAUCUUCAGUGUGAAUCUGAUGAGAUCUAAUCCACUGAUGAUCUUGGCAGGGUGUGAGUCUGCAUUUUGGGAUGGCCAAGACCAAUAGUACCAAGAAUAAAGGGUUGCAAACACAAGGAUUUCUCUACUGAGAGAAGCCGCUGCUUUCCAGUGGGGAACUAGUGCAGAAGGAGCAAAGUGGUGGAGGCUGCUGCACUAAUUUGGUGUCAGAAUGUUGGGGUGAUGCCUCCAGACCUGUCCUGCAAUAAACACUGCACGUGAGUGCAUCUCCGUUCACGUUGGCCAGGCCGGAGUGCAGAUAGGAAACGCGUGCUGGGAACUCUUCUGUCUGGAGCACGGCAUUCAGCCCGACGGCACCUUCAAGGACCUGCAAGACAAACUCGGCUCUGACGACUCUUUCACCACAUUCUUCAACGAAACAGCCACCGGGAAGCAUGUGCCACGGGCUGUGAUGGUGGACUUGGAACCGUCGGUGGUAGAUGAAGUACGGGCUGGCACCUUCCGGGAGCUUUUUCACCCAGAACAGCUGAUCACUGGAAAGGAAGAUGCAGCCAAUAACUAUGCCCGUGGCCACUACACCAUUGGCAAGGAGAGCAUUGAUGUGGUGCUGGAUCGUGUCCGUAAGCUGACCGAUGCCUGUUCUGGGCUGCAAGGAUUCCUGAUCUUCCACAGCUUUGGUGGCGGUACCGGCUCUGGAUUUACCUCCUUGCUGAUGGAACGCCUCUCCGUGGAUUACGGAAAGAAGUCCAAACUGGAGUUCGCCAUCUACCCAGCCCCUCAGGUGUCCACCGCCGUGGUGGAACCCUACAAUUCCAUCCUGACCACGCACACCACCCUGGAGCAUUCGGACUGCGCCUUCAUGGUGGACAACGAGGCCAUCUACGACAUCUGCCGCCGCAACCUGGACAUCGAGCGCCCCACCUACACCAACCUGAACCGCCUCAUCAGCCAGAUCGUCUCCUCCAUCACCGCCUCGCUGCGCUUCGACGGCGCCCUCAACGUGGACCUGACCGAGUUCCAGACCAACCUGGUGCCCUACCCGCGCAUCCACUUCCCGCUGGUGACCUACGCCCCCAUCAUCUCCUCCGACAGAGCGCACCACGAGCAGCUCUCGGUGGCCGAGAUCACCAACGCCUGCUUCGAGCCCAACAACCAGAUGGUGAAGUGUGACCCGAGGCACGGCAAGUACAUGGCCUGCUGCAUGCUCUACCGGGGCGACGUCGUCCCCAAGGACGUCAACGUGGCCAUCGCUGCCAUCAAGACCAAGAGAACCAUCCAGUUUGUCGACUGGUGUCCAACAGGCUUCAAGGUGGGGAUCAACUACCAGCCUCCCACCGUUGUUCCCGGGGGAGACCUGGCCCAGGUUCAGCGGGCAGUCUGCAUGCUGAGCAACACCACGGCCAUCGCCGAGGCUUGGGCGAGGCUCGACCACAAGUUUGACCUGAUGUACGCCAAGAGAGCCUUUGUGCACUGGUACGUGGGUGAAGGCAUGGAGGAGGGAGAGUUCGCAGAGGCCCGAGAGGACCUGGCUGCCCUGGAAAAGGACUAUGAGGAAGUGGGAACCGACUCAUUUGAGGAAGAGAAUGACGGGGAGUAAUUUUGAAAUACAUUUUGCUCCUGGUGAGCGCGGAAUUC